AUGUCUGGAUUUGGAGGCCAUCCUCAAGCCAGUCAGAAUGUCACUGCCAACGUCUCCUACACGGAAUUCCUCCUGCUCGCUUUCCCUGGCUUCCCGGAGUCCAGAUAUCUCCUGGCCAUCCCUUUCUUUGGCAUCUACCUGACGAUCAUGCUUGCCAACUCUAUGGUGAUCUACGUUGUGAAGACAGAGCCCCGUCUCCAUUCGCCCAUGUACGUCCUGAUUGCGCUGCUUUUAGCCGCCAACAUUUUGGGGACUACAACUAUCCUCCCCAAAAUGCUAUUAAGCACCAUCUUUGGGCUGAGCAGCAUCUCCCUGACUGGCUGCCUGGUGCAAAUGUUCUUCCUGUACCUGGCCAUGAUGUUAGACUGCGGCAUCCUCCUCAUGAUGGCUCUCGACAGGUAUGUGGCCAUCUGUCACCCACUGCACUAUGCGGAGAUCCUGACAAAUAAGCUUUUGGCCAUCUUGCUGACGGCCACUCUGGUUCGCAGCAUGUUCAUCGUCAGCCCGGUGGUGAUUCUGGCUUCACGGGUACGUUUUUGCCGCUCUAGCAUCAUCGGACACUUUGCCUGUGAGCACAUGGCCCUGAUGAGACUGUCUUGCGGGGAUACCUCAAAAAACAGGAUCGUGGGCAUGGCUGUGAGAUCCCUCACCAUCGGCUUUGAUGUGGUCUUCUUCACCAUUUCCUACACCCAGAUUAUCCGCACGGCUCUGAAGCUGUCCUCAGGCAGCGUCCGGCACAAGGCCUUCCACACCUGCGGCUCCCACCUGAUGGUGCUCUUCAUCACCUACUCCUCCUGCCUCUCCUCCUCCAUCGUCUUCCGUGUGGCCAAGUCUGCCUCGCAAGAUACCCACAACCUGCUCAGCAUCAUGUACCUGCUGUUUCCGUGGGCCAUCAAUCCUGUCAUCUACGGGGUGAGAACCAAAGAGAUCCGGCAAAGCCUCUUGAAAAUCUUUCACAGGAAACGGAUGCCAUUUGUUCCUCAGCAAUAA